AUGGGCAAGGUGCUAUCCAAGAUUUUCGGCAACAAGGAGAUGCGGAUCCUGAUGCUUGGGUUGGAUGCGGCCGGUAAGACCACCAUCCUGUACAAGCUGAAGUUGGGCCAGUCGGUCACCACCAUCCCCACCGUCGGCUUCAACGUGGAGACCGUGACCUACAAAAACGUCAAAUUCAACGUGUGGGAUGUGGGGGGCCAGGACAAAAUCCGGCCUUUAUGGCGGCACUAUUACACGGGCACACAGGGUCUUAUCUUUGUCGUGGAUUGUGCCGACCGGGAUCGCAUCGACGAGGCUAGGCAGGAACUUCAUCGUAUUAUCAACGACAGGGAAAUGAGGGACGCCAUCAUCCUUAUAUUUGCCAAUAAACAAGACCUUCCUGAUGCCAUGAAACCCCAUGAAAUUCAGGAAAAACUGGGCCUAACCCGAAUCAGGGAUAGGAAUUGGUAUGUUCAGCCUUCCUGUGCGACCAGCGGGGAUGGGCUUUAUGAAGGACUCACGUGGCUAACCUCCAACUACAAAUCCUAA